CUGAUAUCCUCUGACUGUUUUACAGAUGAUUAUGGUCUCAUUCUGGAGAGCCCCGUCCAUCCUGUAACUGAGGGAGCUUCUGUCAGUCUGAGCUGCAGACAGAGAAGAAGAGCCCCACUUUCCAAAGUGGAUUUCUACCACGAUGCCAAACUGGUGCAGAAUGGCAGCAGAGCGGAGCUGAACAUCUCUGCUGUGUCCCAGUCAGAUGAAGGUUUCUACUGGUGUGAAGCAUCAGGGAGGCGUUCAGCACAGAGCUGGGUCUCAGUCAAAGGAGGUGUUUCCAGAGCUGAGAGCUCCUCCUUUCCUGUUUUGAUGGUCGUUGGAGCCGUUGUUGGAGUCUUUCUUCUGGUUCUGCCGCUCCUGCUGUGUCGCUGCAGACGGUCUGAAGCUUCUGCUGCAGAGCAGAUGGAGAACCAGGAUGGAAACCAGCAGCAGCUUUACUCCUCUCUCCUGCACGGAGAUCUCUGUGUCUAUGAGACCGUCAGCGGCUGUCAAACCUCCGGAGCCGGUCAGCAGGAAAGCGAUUACAAUAAUGUUCCAUCUGUGAUCCAGCCCAAAGGAGAACAGACAGGAGGACAGCUCUGA